AUUCUGUUCUGUUCAUGUUCUAUCACUCAUCAAUUAUCUGUUCUUGAAGGCUGUAGAUUUUGCCUUUAUAUUUGGUAUUUGGUGCAUUUAUUGUAGUGUUUUCCAUUAAAUAACUUCAAAUAAUAUUUAAUUUUUUUUCUGUUAAUAAUCUGGAAAACAAUAGGUGGGCUACAUAUUUGAAAACUCUCGAAAAGUAAUUUUGUGUAAAUAUUUUAUAAUGGCGACCCCGUCAACUGGUGUUGUCGUUCCUAGAAAUUUUCGAUUGCUAGAGGAGUUAGAAGCUGGCCAAAAGGGUGUUUCUGAUGGUACAAUCAGUUGGGGAUUAGAAAACGAUGAUGAUAUGACUCUCACACAUUGGAUGGGCAUGAUAAUUGGCCCACCUCGUACACCGUAUGAAAAUAGAAUGUACUCUGUUAAAAUAGAAUGUGGCCAAAAGUACCCUGAUGAUGCACCAACAGCAAAAUUCAUUUCUAGAAUUAAUAUUAAUUGUAUCAACAGUAAUACUGGAGUGGUUGACAAUAGGCAAGUCCCAGUAUUGUGUAGGUGGCAAAGAGAUUAUACCAUUAAAACUGUCUUACAGGAAUUACGUCGAUUAAUGACAUUAAAAGAAAACAUGAAGCUAACACAGCCGCCCGAGGGUAGUUGCUUCUAACCUCAUUGUCAAGUCAGCGAAUAUCCUCAUUAUCUUUUGUUGUAACUUUUUUUCUAUAUGUCGAUAUUUUUACUACCUAACAUUUUCAGUUCUGUCUUAAUAUUAUCAUCAGAGUUGCAGCAAAGAUCAUUAAGGUGUACAGCUUUAUAAGCUAUAUAGCUAAGAUAUAUUUAGUUAUAUUAGUUAGGGUAAUUGUAAGAGACAUGUAACAGCUUACAGUUCACUUUAAUUUUGAGUUAAUCUUCAUAUAUUUGCUGCUUUAAAAACGGUGGGAUUUUUGUAUAUAGGGUGGUCACUUUUUCACAGGGCUUCUAUUGGUAUCUUACUUAAAUAUUAGUAUUCUAUCUUUUUCUGAAACUCAUCACAUUUUUGUUUGUUUUUCUUUUUGGAGACUUUUAAUUUUUGUACAUUUUAUGACAAAUUGUUUGUGUAUUCUAUAUACUUUUAAAUAGAUUCAUUUAGAAUAAGUGACCACCUUGUAUACUGUAUGAUUCAAGCUUUAAAACAUAAACUAGCAUUUACAAGCUGUGUACCGCUUAUUACUACUACUACUUUAUUGAUUAUGUUGCUGUUACCUGUGCAGGAUUGUAAGUCUAUAUUUGUUAAUCGAUAUCUAAUUAUUAUAAAUUAAAUUUUAUUGAAUGAUCCCUAAUGGUAUGAUCAUGAUUUAGUUCGCCUUGAUCUAUAGCUAAGUUUAUUCAUUUUAUCAUUUUACUCCUGCUGUGACAUAGUUUUUUUUUGUAUGUGUACUUUAAAGAAAUUUUCAUUACAA